AAAUUAUUUGAUAUGUCUUUUUCCCCUCUUAAAUCUCAGGAGCAUUUCUUCGAUCCAGCAUCACACUCUGGGUUUUUGGAGAUGAGACUUCGCAAUAUCCGCCGGAAGCUAGAAGAAGGCCAGCGGCGUUACAGUAGACACAAGAGGUGCCGAGAUGUUGAAGAGAUGUCAAGUUCUGUGCAGGAUGAAGGGGACGGCAGCGAAAUCAGAGAGUUCAUCAACCUGAUGAAAAGGCUGAGGCCUUCUGCAGAAAACAUGUCCUCAAUCAAAUCAGCGAUGCAGAAAACAUUCACCUGGCGCAGAUCGUGGAUAUCCAAACAUUCACCCACCAUGGAGGAAAUCUUGCAAGAGUAUCCACGCUUCUUGGAUAUACCAACACUGCUUGAUACAGAGUUUGGUAAAAUGCAUCAAGGAAAGGGGGACCUGUUCCUAAGGCGGUGGGAGGCCAGCAUCAUGCCGAAGCUGAAAGCUGUUGCCGCCAGGGAGAAGGGUGAUGUUGCAUCUCUUGUUGAAGGGAUGGAAGACCAAACUGAUGAUGAGAAGUGCUACAUUUAUUUGCAGCAAGCCGCUGUAGCAUCAAGUCUCGCGAUUACACAACUCAUUGAUUUUGUGCCGGCAGGAAGUACCAUUGCCUCCCUCUACAAUGCAUCCCAGGAUCCAGCACAGAGCACACAGCCACAACUAGUCUGCAUUGGUCAUCUAAGGGGAGGGUCACAGCAGUAUGUCAUUGUGGGCAAGUCUGACAAGAUUGCUAUCCCCUUGGAUGAAGGCCUGGCAUGUGCUGUGGACAAGCUCUUCAAGCUCUACUGGGUAUGCAACCUGGCCUACCCAGCCCCGCUCAGCUCUGUGUUCUCAUUCGUCGAGUACAUUUACAACUUACCCAUGUCAACAAACAGGAGAGCAAAGGUAUUGGAGCUCAUUUCAAAAGUCAAGUCUAUUAAUUAGAUCCCACCAAAAUGUACAGUUGUCCAAAAUGUCCGUCAAGAUUCACACUGAUAAAGAAACUGAUUUGGCACCUUCGUGAAAUACAUGCAUUGUCAGAGGGAUUGGAGUUCACACUUACUUGCAGCCAAGAUGGUUGUCCAAGGACAUACCACAGCAUUAAUUCAUUUACCAAGCACCUUUCUAGAGAGCACCAAAUAGCAAGUACCACAGUUGUUGAACCUUCUCUUCAGACCUUCCCAACAUUUACUGACUUCCCAGGGACCAUCGACACUACACCUCUAGAGGAAAACAUAGCUGAGCCUUCUGAGGGGUUUAAACUUCUUUCUUCAAGUGACAGUGCAGCCUCAUUUGUGGCAAAAAUGUAUGCUGGAUCAAAUGUAACAUUAAUGGAUGUAACAAGAACUGUAACUUGUGUUAAAGAACUUGUGGAAACAACUGUAGCUACAUUACAAAAUUCGGUUUCAUCGGUGUUCAAUAAUCUGGAGGUACCACAUGACCAUGAACUUGUGCAACCAUUAAUGGAACAGUUUGAAAGUGCCAAACACAUGUUUGAUGACAUAGACACUCCUUUUAAAAUGAAUACACAUUUUUCAGAAAAAUCUCAUCUUGUCAAGCCAAAGGAACUUUUCCUUGGUCACAGGGCAGAUACUGUACGGAAACAGGGACAAAUG